UGUUAUUACACUUGUUUGUGUUCUGAAGUGUGUAAACACAUUUUACUAGUUUACUUGUGUUUAAUUAUUACAGUAUUCUGUAGUUGAUAUUUUGUCUAAACUGUUGAUUCAUUGUUUUUGUUUUGACUACUACAUUUAAUACCACAGAAAACCAUGUCGUCUACCGAUGUUGUUGUGCCAAUAAAUUACCUAGACUUGUGCCGCAUCUGUCUCGCCGAAAACCAUCUCACUGAUAUUCUAAUGUUUGGAGAAACGUCUAUACAAUGGAUAAAAGACAUUAAGACAUACUUCAACGUCCAAUUACAAUUCAAUGAUCAUAAAUCGACAAAGCUAUGUAGGCGUUGUAUUCAUAAGAUUGAGUCAUGGCGCAGGGAUAUGCGUUAUGCAGUCAAUUCUCAAAUUAUCAUCGAUUUUUUUGAUAGACGGGUGCAAAGUGUAAUGGGAAUCGAUGUAGAAGAGGAUUGAAAUAAUCAGUUCACAAAUACAUUUAAACUUGUAACAGACAAUGUUAUAUCAAAAUUUUGUCUAAUAAAUUUCCUUUAUUUUAUUACAUUUGAA